UAAUGGGGCUCAGAGACAAGCGGGUGAGAGUGGUCACCGGCCGCGUGGGUGGUGGUUCCCUUGACGGCAUCGCCCCUUAGUCUAGCAUCCCUAGACACACAAGAAAGGCCAAUUCGAUUUAUCUCAUUUGACACUUAAUCCUGGGUCUCACUGUCCUGCUUUGCAGUUAACAAGUUUAAAGCCCCGGCUGAGCCAGAAGAGCGAUGCGGGAUCUCGCCGAGCCCACCCCCAGUCCCCGAGACUGAGAGCGCUGCGCAAACUCUAUGAAGUUUGAGCCUCGAGGCUCUCUGUACUCGACCCCUCGGCGUGGACGCAUUCCCGCGCUUUCUUGCGUGUGAGGUCAGAGGGCGCGUUGCCGCGCAGGCGCACGGAGCCGAGGCCGUGGCGGCCAUGGGCGAGGCCGGGGAGACUGAGGAGGCCUGCCGGCACGUGGGAACUAAGGAAGAAUUCGUUAAAGUCAGAAAGAAGGAUCUGGAACGGCUGACCACUGAGGUGAUGCAAAUCCAGGACUUCUUACCCAGGAUACUGAAUGGGGAGGUACUGGAAAGCUUCCAGAAAUUAAAGAUUAUGGAAAAAAAACUGGAAAGGAAAGAGCAAGAAUUAGAGCAACUGAGAAUGGACUGUGAGCACUUCAAAGCCCGCCUGGAGACGGUGCAAGCCGACAGCAUGAGAGAGAAGAAGGAGAAACUGACUCUUCGACAGCAGCUGAAUGAAGCGAAGCAGCAGCUCCUGCAGCAGGCAGAGUAUUGUACAGAGAUGGGAGCGGCAGCCUGUACCCUGUUAUGGGGUGUCUCCAGUAGCGAGGAGGUCGUCAAAGCCAUUCUGGGAGGGGAUAAAGCUUUGAAGUUUUUCAACAUCACUGGUCAAACAAUGGAGAGUUUUGUGAAGUCACUGGAUGGGGAUGUCAAGGAGCUGGAUUCUAAUGAAAAUCAGUUUGUUUUUGCUUUGGCUGGAAUCGUAACGAAUGUUGCUGCCAUAGCAUGUGGUCGUGAGUUCUUGGUUAACUCAAGUCGGGUGCUCUUGGACACCAUACUGCAGCUUCUGGGAGACUUGAAGCCGGGGCAGUGUACCAAACUCAAAGUGUUAAUGCUGAUGUCCCUGUACAACGUGAGCAUCAAUGUGAAAGGCUUGAAGUAUAUCAGUGAGAGCCCAGGAUUCAUCCCUUUGCUGUGGUGGCUUUUGAGUGAUCCAGACGCAGAGGUGUGUCUUCAUGUAUUGCGACUUGUGCAGUCUGUGGUUUUGGAACCAGAAGUCUUCUCCAAGUCGGCCUCCGAGUUCCGCAGCUCCCUGCCCCUGCAGCGCAUCCUGGCCAUGUCCAAGAGCCGCAACCCCCACCUGCAGACUGUGGCCCAGGAGCUCCUGGAAGACCUCCGUGCUCUGGAGCGUGAUGUGUAAGGGGGACUUCUGUGUCCCUUCCCCUUCCCCAGGUCCCCACUUUGUAUUCAGAAACCAUCAGCGUGUGCUGUGUGUUAUAGAUGGCAAAAUGUGAUUGACUAGAGAUGGACGUGAAUUGAUAUAUACUUGCCUCACUUCCUCCUGGAAGUGAGAGUACUUGUGGGCGGUUGGUUAAUCUUGCCAUAGGGGAGCCUGAGAAAGAAUCCUUCCUUCCAGAAAGGCCCAUGUCAGCUCUCCCUGGAAGAGGGCCUUCUUAGAGCGGCUCCUGCUGCUCGGGAGACUUUCCGAGAUCUGUAGGUUCCCCCAUAAAAAUGGGAGAUUAAAUAACCACCUACUCUGUUGGUCAGCAUUUUCCUGAGAUACAUUUCUUUGAAAAGUAAUUCAUUCUCUCUCUAGUAAUUAUAAUUAACCCCCCAAAAUGCAG